AUGUUCACUAAAGGAGUUACACCUUCAGAAACACCAUACGACGGCUCAGAGUUCCGAAUUCUAAUUCUUCACACACGCUGGAACCUUCCAGUCGUCGAAGCACUAGUAACCGGAGCCCGAGAAACACUCUUAUCAGAAUUCAACGUAAAAAUGGAGAAUAUUAGCAUCAAAGAUGUCCCCGGAUCAUACGAACUCCCAUUUGCAGCGCAGGAAUUUAUAAAAUACAGUGAUCCCAAAUUCAAUGCUGUUAUAUGCAUCGGGGUGUUAAUCAAAGGCUCCACGAUGCAUUUUGAAUAUAUCGCCGAAGCAACUGCUCACGGAAUAAUGCGUGUCGGAUUGGAUACUAGGACGCCUUGUGUGUUUGGCGUGCUUACUUGUUUGACUGAUGAGCAAGCGUUGGAGCGGGCCGGGUUAGGCGAGAGUCCGUCAAAGCAUAAUCAUGGUAUUGAUUGGGCAAGAUGUGCUGUUGAGCUUGCGGUCAGGGGACAGCAGGGAUGGCCUUCUUGA